AUGCCUGUCGCCAUCCAUACACCCACCCCUGCGACCGGACUGAAGGCCUACUACCAGGCCAAGAUUGAGGCGGCCGAGCUUGAAAUCAAUCAGAAGACCCAGAACUUGCGGCGGUUGGAGGCACAACGAAAUGCGCUUAAUGCACGCGUGAGGCUACUACGAGAGGAGCUGCAACUGCUGCAUGAACCUGGAAGCUAUGUCGGUGAGGUGGUGAAGGUCAUGGGCAAGAACAAAGUUCUCGUCAAGGUGCAGCCAGAGGGCAAAUACAUUGUGGACUUCGACUCCGAAAUCGACGUUGCAACACUGACACCCUCGCUGCGCGUGGCCCUCAGGUCAGACUCCUACACAAUACACAAGAUCCUGCCGAACAAGAUUGACCCGCUCGUCUCGCUCAUGAUGGUCGAGAAGGUUCCGGACAGCACAUACGAGAUGGUCGGCGGUCUCGACAAGCAAAUCAAGGAGAUCAAGGAGGUCAUCGAGUUGCCCGUCAAGCACCCCGAGCUAUUCGAGUCGCUCGGUAUCGCACAACCGAAGGGUGUUCUCCUCUACGGCCCUCCUGGAACCGGAAAGACACUGCUCGCGCGUGCCGUCGCACACCACACAGACUGCAAGUUCAUUCGUGUCUCCGGCUCCGAGCUCGUGCAGAAAUACAUUGGCGAGGGCAGCCGGAUGGUCCGCGAACUGUUCGUCAUGGCGCGCGAACACGCGCCUUCUAUCAUCUUCAUGGACGAGAUCGACUCCAUUGGCAGCUCACGAGGAGAGAGCGGGUCCGGCGGCGGCGACUCGGAGGUGCAGCGGACGAUGCUCGAGCUCUUGAACCAGCUCGAUGGUUUCGAGCCCACAAAGAACAUCAAGGUCAUCAUGGCGACGAACCGCAUAGACAUCCUCGACUCGGCGCUGCUCCGGCCAGGGCGCAUCGACCGCAAGAUCGAGUUCCCACCGCCGGGCCCCGAGGCGCGUGUUGCUAUCCUGCGCAUCCACUCGCGGAAGAUGUCACUUCAGCGCGGUAUCAACUUGCGCGCUCUGGCGGAGAAGAUGGGACAGUGUUCGGGAGCUGAGGUGCGCGGUAUCUGUACCGAGGCGGGUAUGUACGCGCUCCGUGAGCGCCGGCAACAUGUCACACAGGAAGACUUCGAGUUCGCAGUGGCGAAGGUUCUCAAGAAGAACCAGGAGGGCAACACCUCUGUCAACAAGCUCUUCUCGUGA